AUGGAAGAAACAAAUGAAGUUUUGAUAAUUGAUAAUGGUUCAGGUGUGAGUAGGGCUGGUUUCGCAGGAGAAGAUCUCCCACGUGUUGUGUUCCCAUCAAUCGUUGGUCUUCCAAGAGACAUUGGUACUUGUAAUAAGGAUUUCUACUUUGGAGAUGAAGCUCAAUCAAAGAGAGGUAUCUUGAACAUCUCCUAUCCAAUUGAACAUGGUAUCGUCACCAAUUGGGAUGAUAUGGAGAAGAUCUAG